AAAAAAACAAAAAAAAAAAACAAUGAAAAGAGAGAUCCUUUGGAAGAAAACUUACAAGUAUCUUGGAAGACCCCCAUAUAUAAGACAGAUGAAAGGAAGGCUCCUCUCUCUGCCCUCCCUUAGUGCCCUAGAAUCCGAGAGAUUUUUAGAACCACAGUUAAAGUGUUGUCACUGCAUUAUACUUAGAUGAGAUACAACGGACUGCAGAGUGAUGGCUGCGUUUCUAGAGUAUAAACAUCAUGGCCUAACAAGGGAUUACACCCUAACUUUUAAUUAGGUGGAGAUGAUGAAACCUCCACUACAGCAGCUGUGAUAUAAAUAAGGUAUAACCAAAUAGGUUAUGAGGGGAAUGUGUGUGUGUGUGUGUAUGUGUGUAUACACGUGCACACGCGUGUGUGAGAGAGAGUGUGAGCGUGCUAUAGAUGUAUACCUUAAGGUCAAGUUAGCUUUGGGAAAAUGUGAAAAUUGGCUGAAGAAUUACAUCCUAUAUAAAUGAGUAGGAAUAUAACAUUUUUAGAUUCAGAUCAUUUUGGUAGGAAGGUUUAAUCUCACACCAACAUUAAUAAUCACCUCUUUAAAAAAAGCUGCUUCAAAUGAGCUAGGUUCUGGUGGACAGUCCCUUUUGCUCCUGUCCUUAUGUUGUCGAUGGUCCUGAAACUGACCACUGGAUUUGGGAACAAGUGUUGAAGACCAAACCGGAAUGGCAUUUAGCAUUUUAGCCGUAAGUGUGACAGAUGGGUCAGUGUGUGUUCCUAGCUCAAAGUCCAUAAUUCACCGCGAGUGAAAUGGCACAAAUUUACUUUGAAAAACCUCCUAGCCUAAAUUACAGUAGGAUUUCACUGGGAGGAUUUCCACCAUGAUUUUGGAAAGCAGACACGGCUUAUUUUUAUUGCAAAAUCCUAAGAGUGCGAUUCCUGGCAGUGUUUACCAGAGAGAAGGAAUUAGCAGCCUCCAGGGGAGGGUUAGGAAAACAGAGCACCCUCUGGGAAUCAGCUCCUGCAUCCCUGUUCCAAAAGCCUCAGCAGAAACUGGCCUCUGACAAGUCACUCGGGCCCGACCUCUCUUUUCCUUCUUGCGAAAGUGGGUGACGAAUGGGAGGAUGGCAAAGGGUCUUGAGGACAUCCAGGAGGCAUCUGGACCAUUCUCAAAAAUAAACACAGGGCUGUGUUGUGUUUUAUACCCACAGUGCAGGCUUGCCUUGCACAUUCGGAAGGGAGGAAGGAGAUGGUGUUUCUCUUUUCUCUUAGUCCUCUCCCCUCUGUUCGUUGGUGACAGUGGGCAGAAGACCAGAGGACCCGACAGGCUGUGUGACUGAAUGACCGCUGUUUUAUUGCAAGCUGAGGAAGUGGAGAGGCUGGCGGCCAUGCGUUCCGACUCCCUUGUCCCAGGCACACACACCCCUCCCAUCCGGAGGAGAAGUAAGUUCGCCAACCUGGGAAGGAUCUUCAAGCCUUGGAAGUGGAGAAAGAAGAAAAGCGAGAAGUUCAAGCACACUUCCGCAGCCCUGGAAAGGAAAAUAUCAAUGAGGCAAAGCAGGGAGGAGCUGAUAAAACGAGGGGUCCUGAAGGAAAUCUAUGAUAAAGACGGGGAGCUCUCCAUAUCGAACGAAGAUGAUUCGCUGGAAAACGGACAGUCCCUGAGCUCCAGCCAACUGUCUCUGCCAGCCCUAUCCGAAAUGGAGCCGGUCCCCAUGCCCAGGGAUCCCUGCUCAUAUGAGGUGCUCCAGCCUUCAGACAUCAUGGAUGGGACAGUGUCUGAAGAGAGUCCCUCUGCCAGUGAGUCUGGAGUCCUCCUGUCCCAAGAUCCUUCAGCCAAACCAGUCCUGCUACUGCCCCCCAAAAAACCUGCUGCUUUCUCUGGAGACCAUGAGGAGACCCCAGUGAAGCAGCUGUCCCUUCUCAAGCAACCCCCCGCCCUGCCUCCCAAACCCACUGCCAGGAUUGCCAACCACUUAACAGAUCCUGGCGCCCCUGUGAAAUUGCCUUGUCUGCCAGUGAAACUGUCACCGCCGCUACCUCCAAAGAAAGUCAUGAUCUGCAUGCCUGUCGGGGGGCCAGACCUCUCCCUGGCGUCCUAUGCCGCCCAGAAGAGUGGCCAGCAGAGUGGGGCCCAGCACCACCACACGGUCCUGCCAUCCCAGAUCCAACACCAGCUGCAGUACGGCAGCCUCGGCCCGCACCUCCCCUCCACCACCGGCUCCCUCCCCAUGCACCCCUCCGGCUGCAGGAUGAUUGAGGAGCUGAACAAAACGCUGGCCAUGACCAUGCAGAGGCUGGAAAGCUCCGAGCAGCGGGUCCCCUGUUCCACUUCUUACCACAGCUCCGGUUUGCAUUCGGGUGACGGUGUCUCCAAGGCGGGACCUCUGGGCCUUCCGGAGAUAAGACAAGUGCCAACUGUUGUGAUUGAAUGUGAUGACAAUAAAGAAAAUGUGCCUCAUGAAUCAGACUACGAAGACUCUUCCUGCCUGUACACGAGAGAAGAAGAGGAGGAGGAGGACGAGGACGAUGACAGCUCGCUGUACACCACCUCCCUGGCCAUGAAGGUGUGCAGGAAGGACUCCUUAGCCAUCAAACUCAGCAACAGGCCCUCCAAGCGGGAGCUCGAAGAAAAGAACAUCCUUCCCAGGCAGACGGACGAGGAGAGGCUGGAGCUGAGACAGCAGAUCGGCACCAAGCUCACCAGGCGGCUGAGCCAGAGGCCAACAGCAGAGGAAUUGGAGCAGAGGAACAUUCUAAAACCUCGGAAUGAACAGGAGGAACAAGAGGAGAAGAGAGAGAUCAAGAGGAGGUUAACUCGAAAGCUCAGCCAAAGACCCACAGUGGAAGAACUUCGAGAAAGAAAGAUCCUCAUCCGUUUCAGCGACUACGUGGAGGUGGCAGACGCUCAGGACUACGACCGCAGGGCCGACAAGCCGUGGACCCGCCUCACCGCCGCCGACAAAGCUGCCAUUCGAAAGGAGCUCAAUGAAUUUAAAAGCACUGAAAUGGAAGUUCAUGAAUUGAGUAGACAUUUAACAAGGUUUCACCGACCUUAACAGUCAAAUUCCUCCUGAGUGCUAUGCUGUCUUCAAAACAUAAAUUUAUAAGAACCAUAAGUGCUGGUAUUUAUUCACUUCCCCAUUAUGAUGUAAAUCUUCUGAACUGCCUUUUUUUAAAAAAGAAGAAGAAAAAUAAAAGGAAACGUGAUCAGGAUUCUCUUUGCGAAAAUGCGAUGGUCACCGCUUGGCGGUCAGAGCCACUGGCGCGACCGCGGAUACCGAGGUCCCCAGCAGGCCAGACGGAAGACGGCCUCUCCAACCGGGCCCGGCGGGCCAGCCUCCUUGAGGCUUGUUUAGGCCCCAGCGAACCUCGUCCCCUGGAGUGUGUGUCACCUGGGUCCAAAGAAAGCCAAGGCAGUGGGUUUGGCCUGGAACGGACUGUGCAAAGCAAACGGUCAGGUGGACCUUCUAGACUUGGCCAGAUACACUGGCUCUAGGCGUGGCGUCCGGCUCGGGGGCCGCUGCGGGGGAGCACUAGCCUCAGUGGCCCCCGUCCCUUCUCUCUCUUCAGCCAUCAUCCAGACAGAGAACAAAAGGGAAGAUGCUUUUCUGGGGGAGUCUGUGGUUGACCGUCGGUCCCCAGAGUGUGUGUGCCCCAGGUGUGGAAGGCCGCCACGGAGCGCCUAGCCUGUCCCCGCAGACUAAGCUGAGCUGCCUUCUAGGGAGCUCUGGUUUAGAAGGGGAAAGCGGUCAUCUGCUCAGUUCAAGUGAACUGACCCAUCAGUGUCAAAAAAGCCCAAUGUCGCGGGUGAUCUGACGCACAUGGCCACCGCUGUGGUGCUCCUAUGGUACUCGUGCGUCCGAGGGUAAGGACCCUGUUGAGGACAGAAAGGCUGGGGUACGAGACUGCUUGGCUGGUGUUCCUCAUUUUCUCUGUGCACCCUGGGGCCGGGGACUGUGUGGCCUGGACAUAGUGAAGAGCCUCCGAGUCUAGGACCCGUGCAUGCCAGCCAGAGCCCCGGCUUGCAGGACUGGCAUCCGGCCACAGAUGGAUGGGUCCUCCAGAACCAUUCGAUGGCCUUCUAGUCUCCUUUCUUUGCACUGACGAGUUUCUGCAGAAGAGCUUCAGGGUUUGGCACAUGGCAGAACCGCACCAACACCAGCCACGCCUGCCCACGCUGUACCUUCCCGCUCCACUCUGGAGAGACCCCUUCCUCUCCCUCAUGGUGCUGGUAAGGCUGAUUGGAGGUGUAGCUCUCACUGUCCCAUGCGCUUGGGACCACAGAAGGCAGUGCUCUUUUGACAGAGGGACACCGAAGAUAGGAUGUGCAGUGAGGAAGGACAGCCCCCAAGCCCCAACAACUAUCUUAACGAGGCCCAUUGCAGCUUCUUCUGUUUAACUUCCUGACAGACCUCGUAGGGCCCUCGGCCCCACAGCUCUGCCUGGCCUUCUGGAGUGGUCUCCCACUUACCGCCAUUUCUCCAGGUAAUGGCUCGCUCCCCUCCACAUGUGCCCAAGAGUUAGUUGCCAGAUUGGCCUUCACAAAAAAGGAGUUACCCAGUUCCCACCCCCAAAACGUGUGGGAAGCGUUACUCUGGGGACCCACACCCCUCCGGGAGGCCAUUCAUUUCGCUUCCAGCAGGCAUUCAUGGCUCCAACAGCUGGGCAUUGAAGCCAGGAGCUGGGCCUAUUUUGGGGGGGAGCUCAGGGCAGUUCUUGAGGCGGUGCCCACUGUCCACUUUCCUCGUAGCACUUGGAGUGAGCACGCCACUGCCCUGCCCCACGAGGGGCACCAUCACUAGAUGCUUUUCUCUUUGAAUGUUGAGUCUGAGUAGUUAACUGCCGUGGGAAGGUAUCGUUCAGGGAAAACACGGUCGGGAUUUUAGUGUGGCUGUAAACACAGCCUUCCCGAAAGGCUUACUGACGAUUGAAUGUGCAAAUGGUAUGACGAAAGAUGUCUUUUGGGCUCUUUCGUUUGACUUCUUGAUAGCAGGCAUUGUUCCAGGCAGAAGUGCCUGCCUUGCCAGGAUUCGAGUCCGAGCUUCCUGUAACUCCCAGCUGGCCUCGUGCGGCUCCCAGGGCCCUGGUGUGCUGGUCAGGCCUUCGCCGGGCCCAGGAGCGAGUCCUAAGGGAACUCCUUGCCUGGACUCCUCCUUCGAAGGCCAGCGGCUUCUCUGCUGGCUUCCGUUCUUGGGCCUCUGAGGCCCAAGGAGCGUGACGCCCAAAUCGAUUCCCCUGUGGCCAGCCAGCAGCCCAGGUAUCCUGCCCAAAGUGCCCUCCUGUUGCAGUCCACGUUGAGCACGGAAGACAGGGAACACAAUUUCCACUUCCAUUCCUGCAGAGCACCCUCUUUGAGAAGUUAGUUGCGGGAAUUAGGGGUGAACCUUCCACACCCCUGAGAUCUCGCCCGCCACCAUCAACAUGGGCUACUUCAAGCCCAGUUUAGGGGGCUCGGCCACCUCAGUGGGCCACAGGAUGGGGCAUCUGCUGUCUCUUUCCUGCCAUGAAAUCUUGAGGUCUUUACAGAAAUCUAUCCAAAUUUCUCUUCUGCCGUAGCGUUAGGACAACUGGAAGAUAUUACAAAAAAAAAAAAAAAAAA